AUGGAGAAGGACCACAUGUGCGGUUAUAAGCCAAUCCAUAAAUUCACUGCGGUACACAGCAUGAGUCUACAGGUGUGCGACCAAGACAUGGAUUCCACCCAAAUCUACGCUGCAUGUAAACAACUUACAUUUGGCGAAGACUCCGCUGACGGCCCGUCCAUGCCGGCCUCUUCAUCUCUCCUGAACCAUCUCGAAACCACAGACCAUGGCACCAAUGCCCACAAGCGCACUUAG